GGACUGGUCGCAUUUCGGAUUGUCCCUCUUGGCCUGCGUCUCACUUCAUCUGGUUUAUAUCUGCCCAGAGGAUUUUUUUCUUAAAUCAAAACAGCAGGACGACAGCGCGCUAAAGAGGUAACAUUUCAACAGAGCCUGUUUGUCAACUUGUCAUUGUGGUACAAACAUGACUGAGGUGGCGCAGGUUGCGGCUGUAGUCGCCCACGACAUGGACGAUGUCACAAACAAAGACGAACACAACAUGAGCGAUGCAGAAAACAAGGAAGAUGAAGUUAAUGAGGACAACGCAGCCACGGAGAAAAGUGAGGGGAUGUCGCACACUGAGGACGAGAAGCCUUGCCACGCCAAGGAUGAUGCAAGUACAGAGACUGACAAGACACACGUGAACGGUGUGGAUCACAAAAAAAGCAAACAUAAGAAACAUGAAGGAUCUGAAGCUAUUAAUGGUGUAGCACAGGACGCAGAGACGGAGCAGGAUGCAAAACCUGACACAAAUGAAGACCAGAAUGUUUCUGAUCUGACACUAAAGAAAGAGAAACUCCUCCGAUCCAGAAAGCCGGUGGCCAGGAGCUACGUUCCGAAGCUGAACAAAGACAAGGGGGACGUGACGGGCAAGUUUGAGGCGAUGCAGAAGGCCAGGGAGGAGCGCAGCAGGCAGAGGAACAAAGAAGAGCAGCACAAGAGGAAGGAGCAAUUCAUCAAGGAGAGAGAGUGGAAUCGCAGGAAGCAGCAGAUAAAAGAACUACUCGCUUCCAGUGAUGAGGAGGAAGAGGUGAAGCCAGGAAAGGUAGAAAAAUCCUACGUCCCCAAAAUCACAGGUAGCGUGAAGGGGAAGUUUGCAGAAAUGGAAAAACAAAGACAAGAGGAAGAAAGGAAGAGGAUGGAAGGGGAGAGGAAGAAGAGGGAAGCCCAGGACAAAAUGGAAAAAGCCAAAAUACAGAAGGAGCUGGCUCAGAAAGCAGCUGAGGAAGGAGAUGAUACAAUCCUGGUCCGAGUGGUUCCAGCAAAGUCUUCGCGACCUCCCGGCAGAAUUAAGAUGAACUUUGAAGACAUGGAGAAGAAUCGAGAGGAGGAACUGCUGAAGAAGGCAGAGGAAGAGAAGAAGAGACGAUACGAUGAAAACCGGCGCUCCUUCAGGGAUGCCAAGCGACGCUCGAUUGUUCAGCAGGAUGAAGAAGAGAAGCCUUCAGAGAAGGUGCAGGUGACCCCUGGAAAGCUGAAGCUGGCGUUCGAGGAGCUGGAGAAGGAAAGGCAGGAGCAGAGAAAGAAGCAGGCCGAGGACGAAGCCAAACGUCGCCUGCUGGAGGAGAAGAAAGCUUUUGAGGAGGCCAAGCUGGAAAAGGCAGAAGAUGAGGAGGACGCGGAGCCAGCUCAGGAAGACAAGGAGGAGUUCCGGCCUGGAAAACUGAGGCUGAGCUUUGAAGAGCUGGAAAGGCAAAGGGUGGAAGAAGAGCGCAAGAAAGCAGAGGACGAGGCCAAGAGACGAAUGGUGGAAGAGAGAAGAGCUUUUGCUGAAGCCAGGAAGAGCAUGCUUGUAGAUGAAGAUGACGAGGUGCUGAUGGCCUUACUGAACCUGGAGGGCAGCAAACCCGGGAAGAUAUGCGUCAGUUUUGAGGAGCUGGAGCGCCAGAGAAGAGAGGAGGAGCAGAGGAAGGCAGAGGAGGAGGCCAAGAAGAGACUGGAAGAGGAGAAAAGGCUCUUUGCUGAGGCCCGCAAGAGCAUGGUACUAGAUGAAGAAGGAGGUAUGGUGAAGAGUGAAUCUCAGGAAGCACUGCACCCGAGAAAGCUGGAGAUCAACUUUGAGGAGCUACUCAAAGAGAAGGAGGAGGCUGAAAGGAGACGCAAGGCAGAGGAGCGCAAAAAGAAAAUGGAGCAGGAGAAGCAGGAAUUUGAACAACUCAGACAAGAGAUGGGAGAGGACGAUGUGAAUGAAAGCUCAGAUGUUGUAAGCAAAGAGUAUGAAGAACUGACCAAGCUGAAGAGAACUGGCUCCAUCCAGGCCAAGAACCUCAAGUCCAAAUUUGAACAGAUCAAGCAGCUGACUGAGGAGGAAAUUCAGAAAAAGAUUGAGAUGGAGAGAGCACGGAGGAAGGCCAUUGAUGAUGAAAUUAAAGAGAGAGAAGCUGAAAGGUUCCAGGAGGAGGAGGAGGAAAGAGAAACAACUCCAGUGAGGGCAGAGGAGUCACCAUUCAAGCAGAAGGUGGACAUGCGAGCCCGAUUUCAACAAAUGGCCAAAGCCAGAGAAGACGAGGAGAGGAGGAGGAUAGAGGAGCAGAAGCUGCAGAGGAUGCAGUUUGAGCAGCAAGAGAUUGAUGCUGCUCUCCAAAAAAAGAAGGAGGAUGACGUGGAGGACGAGGGUAGCAUCAUCAACGGCUCUGCAGCCUAUGAAGAUGAGGAAGAUCAUGCCAGGUCGGGUGCUCCGUGGUUUAAAAAGCCCCUUAAAAAUCAAUCAGUGGUGGACUCGGAGCCAGUGCGGUUCACCGUUAAGAUCACCGGGGAGCCCAAGCCAGAAGUGACCUGGUGGUUUGAGGGAGAGAUGCUCCAGGACUGUGAGGACUAUCAGUAUAUAGAGAGAGGAGAGACGUACUGCCUCUACCUGCCAGAGACCUUCCCAGAGGAUGAGGGAGAGUACAUGUGCAAGGCUGUGAACAGCAGAGGCACAGCAGCAAGUACCUGCAUACUCACAAUAGAAACUUAUGACUACUGAUGCCCGUCCACGAUCUGGAAACUUUCCCUGUUGUCUCUCACUCCUUUUGUAAAACUUUGUCCCUCGUGUUAUGGUCAAACAGCAGAGGGAAGAAAAGAGCAGUAUGCUUGGCAUUCCUAAGAGAGGGAUACACAACACAAAAAAACGCAAGAUGUUGUUUACGUACUGCUCCGUUGUAAAGCUGCACUCCCUGUUAGAGUAGCAUGAUACCUGUGCCAAAAGCAGACAAGAUUCUUGUUUGCUUCCUGUUCAAAAAUAUCUUCGCUGCAAGGCCCUUUAUGAUAUAUGUGAUACCAGCAAAUUUGAAGUAUCAUAGUACUGUGUUGUAAAUAUCAAACUUUAUGGUCCAUACAUGCAAGCACUAUGCUAGAGGCAUUGAAAUGUAAAAAAUAAGAUGUCUUUGUGUGCUAAUUUUAAUUAACAAGAUCCAGGAACAUUACACUAAAACAUCUUUAAUGCUCGCUUGGGUAUUGUACUACUGCUCAUUGACUUCAUCAAUAUCAAUCAGCAUGUAGUUUUCUGUUCUUUUCACCAUAUUAGUUAAUGGUAUUGUGAUACUUGGCUGGUAUUAUAUCGAAUGGCAACAUGUUAGUCAUCACUUAAUUGGAAAUCCACAGUAAAGGGUUCAUUGACAAAGAUAUGAUGUAUUGCAGGAACAAAACAAUUUGAAAUCAAGCGUGCAUCCAGAUGUUCAAUGAAACUCCUAGGUCCACAUUAAGUGUUUUUAAAUUGCAGCAUCUAAAAAAGUUGAAUAUGUUGAUUUUUCAUGUACCAAAAUUCAUUUUUCUUUUUGGGUUAAUUGUAAUACUCUUGAUACAGUUGUCAUAAUUCAGUUGUGGUGGACAGUAGGUAACUGCUUUAUGGUUUGAUAAUGAGAAAAAAAAACAUAGUCUA